CAAUUAAGGAGCAUCUGAUCUUCAUAUUGGCUUGCCAAUCCAACGGCGGGGUUUCAAUACCCUGAGCAGGAAGCAAAGAUUAAAAAAAAAAAAAACCAACAAAAAAACGUAACAAACAAUUCCAAAUAGAAUCAAAUCAAUUAUACAAGUAGCUUGAACGUACACUGUCACAUUCAACAACAAUCGUCUUUGGCAGGCAAAAUCUGUUCCCCUGAACUCUUCAGAGCAAAUAUUCUGAAAACAGUUUCCUUAACAAAUCAGAUAUCGACUUUUCUUCAUCAUCAUCACAUGCAAAACCAAAUAAAGAAAGAAAAACAUGGAACAUCAACAAAAGAGGACAAAGAAAGAAGAGGAAGAGAGGGAAAUAAAUGAGCUGCUUUAUAGUAUUAUGGAUGGUUAUAGUGACAAAGUGAUAGCUCCAUUAUCACAAUUUUCAGCAUUAAUGAAAGAGGCUGCUGGUGUUGUCGAGGCAAAGGGUUCGAGCUCGAAGAAACGUUGCAGGCCAAAGGAAGCCAAUGAAGAGGUGACUGAGAGCUUGAAGAAGGAAAGAGAGAAGAGGGAUAAAAUGGCUGAGAAUUAUGAUCUUCUUCUGUCUAUGGUCCCUAAUCUCUUCCCUAAGGCUACAAGAGAGAAUAUUGUAGGUGAAACAAUUGCAUAUAUUCAAUCCCUAGAAAAAGAGAUAAAAAGGUUGGAAGAGCUGAAGAAUUCAUCAGAAUCAAAAGUAGCAGAAGGUUAUUCAAUUUCAAACAGGAAUUCCUCAAUCAAUGUCACUGUCUCAAGCAAUCUCGCCUUCUUUGGGAUUCAAUCACUGGUUCGACCAAGACUAGUGACAGACAUUUUUAUGGUAUUCCAUAAGCACAAGGCUGAGGUUUUGGCGGCAAAUGUUGCAGUUAAUGAUCAAAGGCAAAUAACAGUAACUGUGACAGCAGCAGUUGCCAAUGGCAAUGGAGAUAGUACAAUUGAAAAAAUUAAACGAGACAUACUAAUUUUAUAGGGCUUGAAACUUCUUAGAAGUUUGAUUUCUUCAUUCAUAUACUGCUAUAUAUUAGCAUUUAUCCAAAAAGUUGUUGAAGAACAUACAUUUGUAGUUUUAUAAAUUCAUUGAAACUACCUUUAGCAUAUGGUUUAAAGGGAAAAAAUGAACAAAAGGAUCCAUUGUAUUUAACUACUAUAGUGUUUGGAAAAUGAAGAAAUUUUGCUUUGUUGAUGCUAUUGCAAUCAGCUUUAGUAUUGAAUGUUUCUAGUUCGAACCCUAAUCGUAAUUCAAAAAAAAAAAAAA